AUGCACUUUGGUGUUUCCUUCUUGUUGUGCCUAGCGCGACUGGCGAACACUGCCUACAAUUCCCCGUCAACCAAGAUCAAUUCAACUGACACUGCUACUCGUGAUAUUAACGGGUAUCGCUCCGUAGCCUAUUUUGUGAACACGGGCAUCUAUGCUCGUGAUUUUCACCCGCAAGAUAUCCCCGUCGAGCGACUGACCCAUGUUCUCUACGCAUUUGCCAAUGCCCAGGCCUCCGGAGAGGUGAUUAUGUCGGAUGAUUGGUCGGACACUGAAAAGCAUUACUCCACGGAUUCCUGGGCUGAUAGCGGAAACAAUGUCUAUGGCUGUGUUAAGCAACUUUUUUUACUCAAGAAGAAAAAUCGCAAUCUAAAGGUUCUUUUGUCGAUUGGAGGCUGGGCCUAUUCUUCCAACCUCAGAACGGCAUUUGAGACUGAGGAAGGGCGCCAGAAUUUUGCUAAUAGCUCUAUCGAACUGCUGAAGAACUUGGGCUUUGACGGUAUUGAUGUAGAUUUUGAAUACCCUGCCAAUGAUAAAGAAGCGGGCCGAUUUGUAGAUAUACUAAGCCGCCUUCGUGAGGCGCUUGAUUCAUACAGUUCAGCCAAUAAUGACGGCUAUCAUUUCUUACUCACUGCUGCAUCCCCUGCUGGCCCUACCAAUUACCAUAAAGAGCAUCUCGCUCAUAUGGAUCAGUACCUUGACUUCUGGAACCUGAUGACCUACGAUUACGCGGGAAGCUGGGACACCGUAGCUGGACACGACGCCAACCUUCACCCAUCCAAAGACAACCCAGAAAGCACUCCCUUCAACACCGACCAAGCAAUCGAUUAUUACACCUCGCACGGAGUGGCCUCACACAAGAUUGUCAUGGGCAUGCCUCUGUACGGCCGGGCUUUCAGCGACACCGAUGGUCCUGGUCAAGCUUACAAUGGUGUAGGGGGUGGUAGCUGGGAGAAUGGUGUUUGGGAUUAUAAGGCUCUGCCCCAGCCCUGCUGCGCGGUCACAAAUCUCGAUCAAGAAGCUGCUAGCUACUGUUAUGACUCAAGAUCGCGUUUGUUCAUCAGCUAUGAUACCCCCGAGGUUGCGCGUAAGAAGGGUGAGUAUAUCAAGUCCAACGGCCUUGGUGGGGGUAUGUGGUGGGAGCUCAGCGGUGACAAACAAGGUGAUGAAAGUUUGAUUUCCACGGUUGUAGAUACCGUUGGAGGCACUGGCGCUUUAGAGAAGAGCGAGAAUCAGCUAAGCUACCCUGCCUCCCAAUAUGAUAACUUGAGGGCUGGCUUCUAA